AUGGAUUCUCCUCAAAUCUGGCUAUGGAUUUUCUUUUGUAGAACUUUUGUUGUGGCAGCAAGAACGAGACUAGAGGUUUCAGAUCUGCUCUUUACUUCAUCAAAGGCCAUGAAGAAGUGGAGCACACUAAAACUUCUAUUGGAACUUUACUUUGUCGGAGUUGUAGAAGAUAGCAGCAUCUUUACAAAUAUCAUUAAGGAUCUCACUGGCACAGAACAUUUUAAGGAUCGUGAUGCAACCCAAACAAAUUUAUCCCUUCUUGCUAGUUUUGCUCGACAAGGAAGAUAUCUUCUUGGACUGCCUCUGACUGGACAAGAUAUGCUGGAAGAGUGUAUUAAAUAUCAUUCCAUGUGA